AAACAAACCCAGAGGCGCUUUCUGGGGCGACACGGACCCCUCCCAUCGCGACCCAGUGGGGCGGCCCUCCUGCGGGCCCAGUCCGCACCAGCCAGUCUGCGACAGGCCCCGGCUGGGCCGCCCCGUGCUGCGCGCGGGCAGCGGGCACUGCUCCCACGCGGGGUCGCGCAGGGCAGGCGACCUCCGGGCCUCAGUUUCCCCCGCCGCCCGCCCCUCCUGGAGCAGUCGGUCUGGGCGGUCGGUCCUCACGUGACCCAGGGCGGAACGCUGGUGACAGGAAAGAGGCAGAGCCGCGCGGGGAGGAGGCUCCUGAGACCCCGGCCGGCUUUGCGCCGACCCCGCGCAGGGAGGAGCGGUUGCCCAGGAACCGUCCGCGCUGCCCGCGCGUGCUCGGUGCCUGAGCGCGCCCAGGCCUCGAGACCCCUUUUGGCCCGCCGCCUCCGCCGCCUCCGCCCCAACCGGCCUCCGCUUCUUCCGCAGCGCGAGGGGACGCGCCGCUCGCCCCCGCGCCGCUCGCCCUCCCGGGAGCGCGGGCGCGCGCCGGGCGGCCGAGCGGCAUGUUAAUGAUGGGCGGGGCGGGGCGGGGCGGGGCGGCGGGGGCGCGGCGGCCUCGCGCCCGCGCGUGCCGGGACGCACCGCGGGGGGCGGUGCGAUUGUGAGGUGGCGCUGACGCACGUUCCGGGGUUCUUAAGCGGAGAGGGCGGCGGCGGCGGCGGCGGCGGCGCCCGAGCGGGUCUCGGGAGGCGGAGGUGGCCGCCGCGAGGGGCUGCGGGGCCCAAGUCAGUGUCCCGGCGCAGUCACAGUGUCCCUGUCUCACUGACUCCCCUCCUUCCACCACGGCCGGCCGCCCCAGCGCUGGCCGCUUCCUAGGCGGCGCAGGGGGCCGGGCGCGUCUCCUCCCGCUGCUGCCCGCCUGAUAGAUGAGGGACUUCGGGUUUGGGGUGCUGCAGACCGUCCCGCUCCGCAGUGGCAGCAGCAGCCCCGGGUCCCCGUUCGGCGGCGGGGUGCACCGCCCCCAGGCCGCGGGGCUCGCCGCGGCCACCUCCCCGCUGCCCUCCGCCACGCCCUUCGGCCCGCUCUCGCCGCCGCCGUUGCCUGUCACCGGCUUCUCCGAGGCCGCCUCCCCCUUCUCCAGCCCCCUGGGCGGCGGCGCGGGCAGCUCGGCCGCCGCCGCUUCCUCUUCCUCCCCGUUCCUGGCGCAUCAGCAGACCAUGCAGGAUGAGCUGCUGCUGGGGCUGACACAGCAGCCGGCGCGGCCACUCUCGGGGGCGGCGGCCGCGGAGAAACUCCCCAACCACCACCCCGGCGGCGGCACGAACGCGGGUGUGACCCACCUCCUCCCCUCCCAGGACUUCAAACCGAGUCUGCACCACCCCUCCUCCUCCUCCGCCUCCUCCUGCUGCUGCUGCCGCACCUCCUCCCCGCAGGACUUCAGUAAGCGGCAGCAGCAGCAGCUGAGCAGCCAGAAGAGGAAAGAGUUCAGCCCUCCCCACCAUCCCCACCCUCCGGACUCGAAGCCGCCGCCGCCGCCGCCGCUCCACUGCCAGGGCCGGUUCAGCCCGCCGCCGCCGCCCGGCACGCUCCUCCAGCCGGCCAAGCUCGCCCAGCGCCAGCAGCCUCAGCAGCCGCAGCCGCCACAGCAGUUCAGCCUCCCGCACCCGCAGCACCUCCCGCCACAGGACUUCGCCCCGCGGCAGCGCCCGGCCGACCUGCCCCCGCUCCCGCAGCUCCCGCCCUCGCCGCCCGCAGCCCCGCGGCGCCGCCACGGAGGCGCGGGCAGCCCUCGCAAGACCCCGGCCGCGGGCGAGGGCAGCGCCGCCGAGCCCCCCAAUGCGGGCUUGGCCUCCUCGACGCCGCCGGUGAACCCCGCGCCGGGCUCCAUGGAGUCCCCCAACCACCCUCUGCUCAACAGUCCCAGUAACCUCCUGCCCGGCGGGGCGCUCGGCGCGGGCGCCUUCAGCAGCCUGCAGAGCCCGGACCUUCCGCACCCGGGCGGCGGCGGGGGCGGGGGGCCCCCCGGAGGCGGAGGGGGAGGCGGCUCCGCGUCGCCGCCGCCGCUGCCCGGCUUCGGCACCCCCUGGUCGGUGCAGACAGCGUCUCCGCCGCCGCAGCCCCAGCAGCCGCCGGCGCCCCAGCCGCCGCCGCCGCCGCCGCCCCAGCAGCCGCCCCAGCCGCAGCCGCAGCCGCCCGGCUCCUCGGCCGCCACCCCGGGCGGCGGCGGCGGCGCCGGCGGCUCGCUCAGCGCCAUGCCGCCGCCCAGCCCCGACUCGGAGAACGGCUUCUACCCCGGGCUCCCGUCGUCCAUGAACCCGGCCUUCUUCCCGAGCUUCUCGCCCGUGUCGCCGCACGGCUGCGCGGGGCUCAGCGUGCCAGCGAGCGGCGGCGGCGGCGGCGGCUUCGGCGGUCCCUUCUCGGCGACCGCCGUGCCCCCGCCGCCGCCCGCCAUGAAUUUACCUCAGCAGCAGCCCCCGCCGCCCGCGGCGCCGCAGCAGCCGCAGAGCCGGAGGUCGCCCGUCAGCCCGCAGCUCCAGCAGCAGCACCAGGCGGCGGCCGCCGCCUUCCUGCAGCAGAGGAACUCGUACAACCACCACCAGCCUCUUUUGAAACAAUCUCCUUGGAGCAACCACCAGAGCAGUGGCUGGGGCACUGGAAGCAUGUCCUGGGGAGCAGUGCAUGGCCGAGAUCAUCGUAGAACUGGAAACAUGGGAAUUCCAGGAACCAUGAAUCAGAUAUCUCCAUUGAAGAAACCAUUCUCUGGUAAUGUCAUAGCACCACCGAAAUUUACUCGCUCUACUCCAUCACUGACUCCAAAAUCUUGGAUUGAAGAUAAUGUGUUCAGAACAGACAACAAUAGUAAUACACUCUUACCCUUACAGGUGAGAUCUAGUUUGCAGUUGCCAGCUUGGGGCUCAGAUUCACUCCAAGAUAGUUGGUGCACUGCAGCCGGAACAUCCAGAAUAGACCAGGAUCGAAGUAGAAUGUAUGACAGUUUAAAUAUGCACUCUUUGGAAAAUUCCCUCAUUGAUAUUAUGAGAGCAGAGCAUGAUCCCCUUAAGGGUCGUUUGAGCUAUCCACAUCCAGGAACUGACAAUCUGUUGAUGUUAAAUGCAAGGAGUUAUGGGCGAAGACGAGGUCGUUCUUCCCUCUUUCCAAUAGAUGAUGGCUUGCUGGAUGAUGGUCACAGUGAUCAAGUUGGUGUUCUAAAUUCACCCACAUGUUAUUCGGCUCAUCAAAAUGGAGAACGAAUAGAACGCUUCUCUCGAAAAGUUUUUGUUGGUGGGCUUCCUCCAGAUAUUGAUGAAGAUGAAAUCACUGCUAGCUUCAGAAGAUUUGGGCCUUUGGUAGUAGAUUGGCCUCAUAAAGCAGAAAGCAAAUCCUAUUUUCCACCAAAAGGCUACGCAUUCCUUCUCUUUCAAGAAGAAAGCUCAGUUCAAGCACUCAUUGAUGCUUGUAUUGAAGAAGAUGGAAAGCUCUAUUUGUGCGUUUCCAGCCCUACUAUCAAGGACAAACCAGUUCAAAUCCGUCCUUGGAAUUUAAGUGAUAGUGAUUUUGUCAUGGAUGGUUCUCAACCUUUGGAUCCCCGAAAAACAAUUUUUGUUGGAGGUGUUCCUAGGCCAUUAAGGGCUGUGGAACUUGCAAUGAUCAUGGAUCGGCUGUAUGGUGGAGUUUGUUACGCAGGAAUUGACACAGAUCCAGAGCUAAAAUACCCAAAAGGUGCUGGACGAGUUGCUUUUUCCAAUCAGCAGAGCUAUAUUGCUGCCAUUAGUGCUCGAUUUGUUCAGCUUCAGCAUGGUGAUAUUGAUAAACGCGUGGAGGUAAAGCCAUACGUGCUAGAUGACCAGAUGUGUGAUGAAUGCCAGGGUGCACGCUGUGGUGGAAAAUUUGCUCCCUUUUUUUGUGCCAAUGUCACUUGCCUGCAGUAUUACUGUGAGUUUUGUUGGGCAAAUAUCCACUCUCGUGCAGGACGUGAGUUCCAUAAGCCAUUGGUGAAGGAAGGUGCUGAUCGUCCACGUCAGAUCCACUUCCGCUGGAACUAAGAAUAGCAAACUGGCCUCUGUUUAACAAGGAAAGAAAGGGUGCAUGUGGCUUACUGUGUCUGAAGAUACUGACAUGCAGAAGAAAUAAGUGCAUUCUUCUGCUUUUCACCCCAGCUAUCAAUACAUGCAUCUUUAUCAGCAGCCAAAACACUACAAGCCUCUUGUUUUUCACCAAAACCCUACAUCUCAGGCUUACUAAUUUUUGUGAUAUUUUCAUGUUAAAAUAAAAUGUUUUUUUGUAUUUUCUCCAAGUUAUUUUUAUAUGUAAAGUUAAAAUUAGAUAUGAGAAUGUUUUGCGUAGGGGCAACACAGUCUGCUGCUAUAUAGUGGGUGAAGCGUGCACUUAUUUCUAAACAUGGGUUUUUAACUUCAAGAUCUGCCCCAGUAACUUUACCAAAGGUAGCAAAAUAAUAGUGAAGAUGGAAUAUGUCUGCUACAAAUGCUUAUUUUUAUUGUUGCUAUUUUCAGUGUAUACAUAAACUAAAAAUUAGGGUUGAUUUUUUUGCUCUCCAUUUUGACUUGCAAGAAAUAAUACCUCAAGAUAAUCUGAUUUAUUAGCUAUUUUUAAACAUUUUUAAUCACAAGCUGUAUUAGCUUUGCUGCUAUAUAGGUGUUAUGUGUAAAUGCCACCUAUUAAUACGGGAUUGAAAGCGUUAGAGACACACUGCAUUGCAGAUAAAAUGCAGGCAGCACAAUGUGGCCUAGACUGCCAUAGUUUUAGAAUGUGAAAAAAAAAUGCAUGUUUACUUACCUGUAUACACCAUAUGCAUGCACUAGAAUUAUUAACUAACAAGAGGUGAGGUAUUGCAAAUGCUCAAAAAAGCUCUCUUGAAUCUAGGUAGCAUGAACAAAUUAUAAAAUUUGUUUUAAAAAAAAAGCGAACUUGCAUGCAUUUUUGUGACUUCAAGUUAAAAAUGUUGUCCUACAUGUGUACAAUAUGCAAAUUAGUUUUAGAUUAGAGAG